GGAUGGAUGGAUGGAUGGAUGGAUGGAUGGAUGGAUGGAUGUAGGGAGAGAUAGAUAGAUAGAUAGAUAGAUAGAUAGAUAGAUAGAUAGAUAGAUAGAUAGAUAGAUAGAUAGAUAGAUAGAUAGUGGAUGGAUGGAUGGGAGAGAGAGAUAGGUAGAUAUAGACAGACAGAUAUUUUAUUGAAAUGUAUGUGUUUGUACGUAUAAUGCGUUUUGUUAUGUAGAAGAUAUCCAGUAUCUAAGGAGCUGCCAUAGAGCAGUGGGGUCCACCUAUUUACCAGAAGACAAGAAGCGAUGGGUGGAAGCUAAGCAAGGAGAGAAGCGAAACCAGAACGAAGGAGAAACUUUCCUGACAGUGAGAACUAUUCACCAGUGGAACAACUUGCCUCCAGAAGUUGCGGUUGCUCCCAUCACUGGAGGUUUUUAAGAAGAGACUGGACGACCGUUUAUGUGGAAUGGCAUAGUUGUCUCCUGCUUGAGCAGGGAGGGGGGAGGGGUUGGACUGGAUGACCUCCAAGGUCCCUUCCAACUCUGUUUCUCUGUUGAUAACGCUGUGUAUCGGGCGACGGCCCGAAAUGUAUCCCAAAUAAUUGGAUUCCGUAAUCAACGAGCAACUCCCCCAUCCCGUUCCUUUCCUAGCAAGACUCCCAGGCAUACUUAUAAGCUUGGCUGUCUUUCUGCAGCUGGUGGACAGCCGGGCACGGGUCCAAGAAAAAGAGGGGGAAAUCAAAAAGAAUGGCCUCUUUGGAAGGCCCGGCCAAGGCUGCGUGCCAUGACUCGCGGCUCCUGCCAAACUCCCCCCCGGCAGCUGCCGAUGAAAUCCUCCUGGGAAAUCAGAAGCCGGGGAGACCCACAGCAACCGCCAAGAGGCCCACAGGCGUUGAUUAAGAAGCGGGCAGGCAAGGCCAAGCCAAGACCCAGGAGGAACGCGAUGGGUGGGCCUCAAGGCUGAGACCCUGGCAUUGCUGGAGAGACAGAGCUCGGGGGGGGGGUUAAGAAAUUGGCCCGGCUGAAGAUUGCAAGCGGCAGAUGGCACCCCACUCGAGAAAGACAUCGGGGACGUCCCUCGCCUUCCUGCCUUCUUGGCUGGUAGGCAGCCCCGAUUUCCCGAUGGGUCAGCUCUACUUGUUGGUCGCCCUCUUCCUGGCGGAGAUGGUGGGUAGCCGGGUGACGGCCUCGCUGCUUCUGCAGACCUGUGCUUUCCACACCUUGGAAGGCGCGCUGGCCUUGGCGGUCCGGGUGAUGGAAGCCCGGCUCGGCGCGGAAGGCACAUACGCCAGCUGGAAGAACACCUUCGGGUGGUCGCGAGCCCCCGUCACCGGGACCCUGGUCAGCGCCGUGUUGCUCAGCGCAUUGUGCGUGGCCCUGUUGGCCGAGGGCCUUCGGAGAUUGGCAGAGCCCCGGCUUACCCAGCACCCGCUGGCGCUGAUGGGCAUCGGGGCGCUGGCCAUCCCCAUCCAUCUGGCUACGGAAGGUUUGCCCUGGAAAGCGCCUGCUAAGAUGGACGUCGGACCCUGCUGUAGCAGACACCGGUUGGUGCCCAUGGCGAAGCAGGAAACGGAAGAUCUUCUGGGCCACGCUUCGUCAACCAACAGCCAACCUUGGUUGGUGAAAGAGAAGGAGGGAAAUACUGCGUCGGCCGCAGGACCGUGGCGGACUCUUUAUCUCGGAUGGAUGGUGGCUUGUUUUGGACCCGUGGUGGUUUUCCUGCAUUCUCUCACGAUCCACUUCUGGUGGACUCCAUGCUUGGGACACGACGCGACGUGUCUCGCUCCCUGCCCAAAGAACCCAUGUCAAUCCUGGGGAACGUCUGACGUCCUGCCACCGCUGUCCGUGGACUGUUGGCUGCUCUACUUGGAUCCCGGGCUGGCUAUGGUGGUGGCCGUGGCCUUCCUGGGCUUGAUCUGGCCCACUUUGCGGGCCUCAGCCCUGGUCCUCCUCCAAGCCACGCCGGAAGAUUUGGAUCUGUGGCUCCUGGAGAGACACCUCCACGCCACGGAAGGGGUGGCCGCUGUGCGGGAGCUCCGCGUCUGGCAGCUGGACGGCUGCAGCCGUUUGGUGGCCACGGCCCACGUGGUCUGUCUCGACGUGGCCGCUUUUGAGCCGGUGAUUCAGAGGGUCAAGCAAGUGUUCUGCGAACACGGCGUCCACGACGUCACGGUGGAACCGAACUUGGGGAUGGGCUCAAAUAAGAAACAGCGGGAAGAGUCCAGCCUGGGACCCCCGAAGAGGCAGCUAUGUCCAGAUCCAGUAGAGAUGUUGGAGUUUGAGACCUGUGUAUGAAAGAGAGGAGGGGAGAAGAGGAAAGAGAAGAGAGGAGAAGAGAAGAGAAGAGAAGAGUACUGUGUACAAUUGUCUACAGUAGUUAAGAAGUCGAAUGAAUGAAUGAAUGAAUGAAUGAAUGAAUGAAUGAAUGAAUGAAUGAAUGAAUGAAUGAAUGAAUGAAUGAACGAAUGAAUGAAGUCACCAAGCUGGCAUUUAUGCUCUCAUCUAGUCAAAGUGAGGACCACAAGCUGUAAAUCUCUGGGCCCCCCGAACCUGUCCCGGUGGACUCGUCUUCUCCAUAGUUUCCUGCCCUGUGGGUAACCGUGUUUUAACCGGGUUUAGUUCUGUAAGUUUUAGCAGUGUGUGGGGAAGAGAUGGGGCUCACGGAAGAGUCAGAUAAGAGGCAGCCGAGCCCUCAGCUGCAUAAUGGGUGGGAGGAAAAGGCCCAGAAGGGACCUUCCCUAAUUUCUUGGCAAGAGACUUGUACUUUCAGACUCACACAAUUGUGUUAACCGAGAUUCACAAUAAAGUAGAUUUCGCUCAUCUGGUCAUGAAUCUUGUCUGGUCUUACCUGGUUGGGCUGGCCUAAUUCUCUCACUCUCCCUUCCUUCCUUCCUUCCUUCCUUCCUUCCUUCCUUCCUUCCUUCCUUCCUUCCUUCCUUCCUUCCUUCCUUCUCUUCCUCUCAUCUUCCUUCCUUCC